AUGACAACACAGUGUAUGUCACCAGGCAGAUAUUGUCUAAAUCUGUGGAUGACAGGACCAUCUACUGGAACCCAAUGUAACAUUAUGCUUCAUACAGCAGACGGAGAUAGAACUAUAGGGAUAUUAAAUAAGACAAAAGACUGGACUGAAUUGUCUAUUCCAUUUUCGGCUACAUCAAAUUUUGAGAUUGUAUUUCAUCCGAAUGUUAGUGAAAGAGUUACACCGUCUGGGCAUCACAUUCCACCUCAUAUUUUGAUAGGGAUAGAUGAUAUACAUAUAUAUCCUGUAAAUAGAAAUGAUGAUUGUAGACUAAAAACAGGGAUAACAACGGAAACAACAGGGAAAAUAAAAACGCCAACGACAUCAACAACAACUACGACACCCGCAACCACAACAACACCCGCAAUAACAACAACACUGACACUCACAAAAACAGCGGCAAUCGCAAUAACACCGACAACCACAAAAACACCGACAAUCACAAUAACACCGACAAUCACAAAAACACCGAUAAUCACAAAAACACCGAUAAUCACAAUAACACCGAUAAUCACAAAAACACCGACAAUCACAAAAACACCAAUAAUCACAAUAACACCGAUAAUCACAAUAACACCGGCAAUCACAAAAACACCGGCAAUCACAAAAACACCGAUAAUCACAAUAACACCGAUAAUCACAAAAACAUCUAUAAUCACAAAAACACCGAUAAUCACAAAAACACCGAUAAUCACAAAAACACCGAUAAUCACAAAAACACCGACAAUCACAAAAACACCGAUAAUCACAAAAACACCGAUAAUCACAAAAACACCGAUAAUUACAAUAACACCGAUAAUCACAAUACCACCGGCAAUCACAACAACACCGGCAAUCAUAACAGCACCGAUAAUCACAAGAACACCGGCAAUCACAACAACAUCGACAAUCACAACAACACCGGCAAUCACAACAACACCGGCAAUCAUAACAACACCGACAAUCACAAAAACACCAGCAAUCGCAACAACACCGACAACCACAACACUGGCAAUCACAACAACACCGGCAAUUACAACAACACUGACAACCACAACAACACCUGUAAUCAUACAAUCAGCGACGAUCAAAAUAACACCGACAAUAAAAACAACACCGGCAACGACAACAACACCGACAAUCACAACAACACCCGCAAUCACAACCACACCAACAAACACAAUAACACCGUCAAUCACAACAACACCGACAACCACAACAAAACCGACAAUCACAAAAACACCGGCAAUCACAACAACACCGACAACCACAACAAAACCGGCAAUCACAAUAGCACCGGCAAUUACAGCAACAUCCGCAACCACAACAACACCGACAAUCACAAAAAUACCGGCAAUCGCAAAAACACCGACAACCACAACACUGGCAAUCACAACAACACCGGCAAUCACAACAACACUGACAACCACAACAACACCGGCAAUCAUAAAAUCAGCGACAAUCAAAAUAACACCGGCAACCACAACAACACCGACAACCACAACAACACCGGCAAUCACAACAACUAUGACACAGACAACUACUACGACGCCAACAAUAACUACGACACCUACAACAACAACAACAACACCGACGACCACAACAACAUCGACAAACACAACAACAUCACUAACAACAACAACAACAACUAUGACACCAACAACAACUAUAACACCUACUACAACAUCAACUACGUCUUCAACCACCACAUCUACACCAACAACUAAAUUUAUACCCAGAGCCACAACAUCUGCGACACCAUCAACAUCUGCAACAACAACAAGAACAACUUCUACUACGCUAACCACAACAAGUACGACACUGAGAGCAACAAAAACGCCCGCCUCACCGAGAACGACACCAACAAAUUUGACAACAGUAACUUCACAGAUAAAAGUCUUACGACUAGAAGAUGUCGUCAUAGCAAGGUGCUCCAGUUCUGGCUGGAAUAUAUCAAUAGACAUGCCAAUGCUUAAGAAACUUUAUCCUGAAGUAAUUGCCAACAACAUAUUUCUUGGUGAUAACACUUGCAGAGGUGAAGAGCAAGGAAAUGUGCUAUUAUUUCAACAAAGAUUCGGAAGCUGCCUCACAUCUGAACAAGUAUCUAAUGGUGUACAAAUCUACACUAAUGAGCUAUACUACGCUAUCUACGAUGCAAAUAAUCCGUUUAUUAUUCGACAAUACAAAUGGAAAUAUUCUUUAGAAUGUGACGUCAGUCGCAACGAAGUGACGUCAGAACAUGUUCAUCACGACAUAGACACCCAUCAUUCAGUCGUCUCCGGUCAUCAUAAGAUAGAUAUGACGUUUUUCAAGGAUCCAAAUUUCAUGCAUCAACUAUCCGGAAACCCUAUUCACGUUCAAGUGGGUGAUGACGUAUACGUCAAGGUGUUUACACCGGAAGCGGAUUGGUCAGUGAAAAUGAGGCUUCACACGUGUUUUACAAUACCCUCGCAGGAUUCGGAUGAGAGUAAAAAUUACUACGUGAUAAAAAACGGAUGUGAAACUGAUAGUAAUACUCAUAUAAUAUCUCAGUCAACACACGAGACAAGAUUUGUGUUCCAAGACUUCGUCUACUCCACCAAUAAAGAAGGUCUAAACAUAUACUGUAAUGUAACUUUCUGCAACACGAAUGACUACUCGCCGGGAUGUGCACAGGCUUGCGUUCCAAAUGGCAUUCCAAAUUUUAUAAGGAAAUAG